GUGUUCGCUAAUGAAACAAGGUGUUGGCAGAACACAGCUGAGGAAGGAACCAAAAAUGCAUUCAGCUUUGUCUUUACAAAUAAAGUGCUCGGUGUGCUGGAGCGAUUUUACCGACCCAGUUACACUUUCUUGCGAACACUCGUUCUGCCGGAAGUGUAUCACGGGCCACAUGCAGGCCAGUCUGGGACCAAAAGCCUGCCCAGAAUGCCAAAGUCCGUACGACGAAGAAGACCUGAAAUCCAGCCGUUUAUUGAGGAACAUGACCUCCACUGUGAGAGAGCACCUUGUCGAGCUGAAAAUGGAAUCUACACCUAAAGAAGGAAAAGCAAGCUUAAAGCUCUCAGAAAUGGAAGGGAGGUUGAUGUGUUCAGAACACGAUGAGAAACUUAAACUGUUCUGUGAGACUGAUCAGAAGCUGGUAUGUGUUAUCUGCAGGGAUGGAGACAAACAUAAAGGACACGUCUUUAAACCAGUGAAAGAAGCUGCACAGAUCAACAAGGGGGAGCUGAAGACUGUGUUGGGUUUUCUUGCCAAAGAAAAUGGACAGCUGGAUUACAUGAUCCAACAACAGACAACCGAGAUCACCAAAACUGAGGAUAAAUCCAAAACUUUAUCAACCCGGAUCUCUGCUCAGUUUGAAGAAAUGCACCAGUUCUUGAGACAAAAAGAGGAUGCGGUGAAGAAACAGUUGGAGAAGGAGGAGAAGAAAGUUACAGAAUUCAUGCAGAAUAAUCAGUCUGUGAUAAACAGACGGUUCAUGGAGAACAAAGAGAAGGAGAUUAUUUUGCAAUCGGCCUUGGAGAUUGAGCAGCCUGAUCACUUUCUACAGUGGUGGAAUGAAAAAGGAUUUCCAAUGACAAAGAAUAUGAAGCAGAAAGCCGACAUGACACCAUCAAAUAUCAAGUACAUGUCAAGGGUGAAAGAUCUCACUGUGCUUCCUAACUCUCUCUUUCUUGGCCCUCAUGAAACUCACCUGCAGUUCUUUGUGUGGAAAGAGAUGCUGGGAUCCGUCAAACCAGUUCCUGAGAGUUUGACCCUGAAAAAUCCUGGACAGUCAUAUUUAAAAGUGUCUCCAGGGGGCGCCAGAAUCCGACAAGCUGACAGAACGACUGGUCUAUAUAAAGAUUUCAACCCUGGUACAGUUUCAGAGGAAAACUUCCAAACUGGCCAGCACUACUGGGAAAUAGAGGUCAGAGAAAAGCCAGACUGGACUGUGGGAGUUAAGAUGGGUGCAGCAAAGUCAGCUGAGAGUGAGAUCCUGCUCCACCUUAAACACAGUAAAGGAUACGUUCUGACCUGUGAUGGAAAGGACACUACAUUAAAUACUCAAGACAAACCACAGAAAAUAGGGCUGUAUCUGGACUGUGAGAGAAAGCAGGUGUCGUUCUAUAACGCUGACAACAUGUCUCGCUUGGCCCAGAUAAACUACAGCUCAAAGAAGCCUUGCUGUCUGACUCUGGUUCCAGGACUUUAUCUGGAUGGAAGGAACAGUGAUCCUCUCACUGUCUGCUCAUAUGAGUUCAACGCUGACAAACGCUAACAUGCUAGCACAGUUACUAGCUGCUAAUUUUUUGAGACAUGAUAAAUGUCUCAGAUUUGAAAUUGAGACAUACAGGGAUCAUCAAAAAUCAGAUUAUAACAAAGAUGUUUUGAGCUUUACAGUUGUGACAUCAUGAUAAUAUUUUUAUAAAAAAAAAAAAAAAAAAAAAAAACCCCCUUAAUAUCAGGUAUUUAACCCUGAUAUUAACCCAAUAUCAGGGUUAAAUACCUCAACUGCUUUUAUACUUUUUUGGAGUAUAAAAUUUUGGAGUAUAUAUAUAUUUUUUAUAUACUCAAAUACAUUUUCACCACCAUUUGUAGACCAAAAAAAGAAGAGAUUUUCAAAUUGUGAAUUUAUGUAUUUAUACUUAAAAUACUUUACAUAAAAUCAUGCUGAAGCAUGUUGUGGGUGAAAAAUACAAUCAUUCAUGUAUUUUCUUAUUAGGGUUAAGAGGAAACAUAAGUAUUUUCCCAGCAUUGAAAUGAUCAGUGAAAAAAAAAAAUGUAAAAUUUAUUUAUUUUAUGAUUUCUGUCUGUGUGAAAAACAAAACAAAACAAUUCAUGUUUAUUAAGGUACCUGUCUUGCUUUGUUGAUCACUGUAUUUGAUAUCAUAUUUAAAGCAAUCUGUAUAAUAUAGAACAGCUGUAUGCAAAUAUCUAUAAUAUCCAUAAAAUUUGAAAUAAAUCUUGCUUUAAUCUUAUUA